AGUCUUCAAAGUCUCUCUUUUUACAGCAUACACUCUCCUUGAACGCCAGAACUCACCUUCCCAUCGCUCAUCGCCCUCGGCACUGCCCAUCAUGCGACGUCUCAGCUUCUCGGUGUUGUUCGCUGCCUUCGCAGCUCUUGUUGUUCACGCUGCGCAGCCCCAGGCCAACGCGGAGCUCGCUCAGAUACUGGGUCGUCAGGCCCCAGGCACGCCGGAAUACGAAUGCCACAGCAAUUGCGGCAACGCCAUCCUCGCCGGCCGCGACUCAAACCACUGCACCAACGCAACCUGGGUCGGCUACUACGAAGCCUGUCUCCAAUGCGCCCUCCAGUAUGACAUAUGGAAAUACUACGGCGACGGCGUCACCAGCGCUGCCUCGGCCUGCGGCCUGAAUCCCACGCCGUCCCCAUCCGGAAAUGCAGGGUCCGCUGUGGUAGUAUCCACCUCGGCCACUGCGUCAGUCCCGACGUCCGGCACUACUACCGCCCAGGGUGCUGCUACCACGGCGGCUUCGUCUGGCAUCGCGAUCACUGCACCUCCAAAUGCGACGCACUCGGGGACUGCUGUGUCUCUGCCGUCUGCUACAAGUUCGACGGUUACCGGGGCUGCGCCGGGCAGGGAGGUCCAUCGUACCGUGGGCUGUACGCUGACCGUCUCGAGCUUGGUGGCGAUCCUCGUAGGACUCCUCGGCGGUUGGUGAUUAAUUAAUAGACGCCUUUGGGUACCAUGUUUAAGAAAUCCAUACUCCUGCCAAAGAUUCAAGUGCCCACUGCACAACACAUUU